UCUUAUCAAGCUGUCAGCUGUGGCUGUGUUUUAUUUGUUGACAUUCUGCAAUCUUCUUUUCCCUGUUUUGCGUGGCUAAAUUCUAUUCGAUUCUAAAAUUUGAGGUGCUUCAAUCGUAGCUUUUUGAUAAGUGCUCCCCUUAAAUCUCAAGUUUUAUCACCAGUCAUUACUCUGCCGCUGUAUUCGUCACCUUCUGGGACGUAUUUCCGCCUGCACUGCCCUUAAAUAGGUUAAGCAGAAAAAAUGGCAGACGAAAACAUGGACUCCUGUGAAUAUAUCUUCAGCCAUGAAUUGGCCAUGCGAAGGCUACUGUCAUUUUUACGGCAGUCACAAAGCUAUUGCACGGACACAGAAUGUAUUGAUGAUUCCAUGCCCAGUAUUACAGGAUCUACCACUGCUAGCACAUCAACGGAACCCAAUAAUUUUGUUAUGAUGACAGUUAUGUGGUUAUUCAUAUCUUUCAUGCUGUACAUGUUGCGUCCAAAUUCCCUAAGGAAUCGUCGUGAUGAUCUCCAGAAACCUCACAGAGAUGAACCUGACCAGAAUGGCAGGUUCCCCCCAGCUCCACCGCCAGCUGCAAACUGAUACUGCAGCAUUUAAUCGCAUCACAAGCAACAGCCUUGCAAGUCAGUGGAUCGAUUUUUUCGGUCAACUCUCUACGACUUUAGAUUGUUUUAAAUUCGUAAAUAUCGUACCUGGCCCUAUUGCUGCAUUGUCUUUCGGAAUUUUUACCUUUUUUUACAAUUUUUUUACUGUAAGUGAAACGAUCAUCACUUCAAAUCCGUGCAAUAUCUGCUAAAGGCAAUUUUGUUAUCUUCAAAUCUGGAGUUUUUGGUGUGCGUGAAUGUGUCCCUCAUCCACUGUGAAACACUUUUAUGAUCAAUAAUCAUAUCAAUGGCCAAAGAGAGAAACCACGUAUCAUAGUUGGGGUGUUUCAAAAUAUACGCCCUCAUUCCAUUUUUUUGAAGAAAAACAACCCAACUUUAUAGCUUGAAAUUCAUAAAGAAUUAAUCUGCUAACAGAGAGGAAAAGUCAAGGAACUUUUCAAAAAAUUAAAUUUCCAAAGAAAAAAUGAAAUAUAACAGGAAGUCAGCAAUACUGCAAACGAAGAUACGUGUUUUCGCACCUUGGUCAUCGAUGUGCUCAGCAAUCAAAACUAUCUGUUUUCUAGAAAAUCCUUGCAGUCAAAUUUAAAAAUUGUAAUCACGCAUGCAUUGCAAAUUUGUGUCCUAUCUCAUGCUUGCGUUUUCCAGUUUCUGCUUUUAGAAUAUAAUAGUAAGAUAAUUGCACAGUUCGAAGGAACAUUUUUAUAGAUAAUUAUUAUCUUAGUUUGAUAAUCUUUCUAUCAGAUUUUAAGGGGAGCAAAUAACCAAAAGAAAUCACACAAGCACCUCUGCAAACAAUACAAAAACAAAAUUGGUUUGAAUGAUUCUCCCAUUGAUGGGAAACUCAGCCCAUAAUUUUUUAACCCAUAAGUAGUCAGCUUUAAGAAGUAGAAGCGAGACUUUGAUCUAUUUAAGAUUUGCAGUCUGUCUGUGUCAUUUUCUCUCCUUCUUUUUCUUUUCCCCCGUUUUUUAGAUAUGACUAAACUGAAAGUGUCCCUAUCAACUAACUUAAAUUCAAAUCCUUUAAUCAAUAGGUAUUAUUCUCUCAUUUUACUUAUAGAUUUUAAACAAAGUAUGCAUACUUUUUUUUUCUUCUUUUUUUUGUAUAAUUUGAUAUGUGCUGCUCAGCAAUGAGUAGUUAGUAUUAAGAAUUAAAUCUAGAUGAUACAAUGUGAAUUGGAAUGUGUCAUGAGACAUUCCAGCAAUGAUAAACAUUGCAGUUUCCAUAAUAUUUAUGAACGCUCGUUUUGUCCAAGUACCCAGGCAAGGUAUUGAGUGGACAAUGGGACAUCAAUCAAUUAUCGAAGUAACCAAAGCAUACAUUUUUAAUAGCAAACUAUUUUAUUCAACGCUCAAUUUUAUGUUGUAUUACUUGGGAACUCUCUAAAACACAGCCACAGCACUUUACUUCAGGGAUUCCCAUGCCAUUCUCUCCCCAAUCUCUUCCUUCGAAGUAGCUUAAUUUUGAGCAGUUACUUAUUAACAAUUGGUUUAGUUCCAUUUUGCCUAAUGUUCUCUACCACAACAAUUUUAACAGUUUAAAACUUUCCUAGAAAUUCUUCUAUUUUUGUACAUAAUACUUAUUGUUGACUUUUUUUAGAUUUAGAUAUGUUUAGUUGGUGCGUUGAAACUAAAAUAAUGUAAGGUGAGAAAUCACAGAUUGAGUUCUUCGAGGUUUGUGUUUUUAUCAGUAAGUGCUCAGAAGAAUCAUGCAGUCACUCGUUUGCUAAUAGGUUUUUUAUGCAUUCAAGACCUUGGAAUACUAUACCUAGUCUAUAACCAAAUGAUGUUGAGAGAUCUUCAUAAAGAAUCCAUUUAAUUUUUCCAUAGAGUUGUUACUUACUGUUGAUUCGAGUAGCUCUGCCAGUCUUGGUGUUUCGCAUUUUUCCCUCAAAAAGUAAACUUUUUUGCAUAGUAUUCAGUUUUCCAAUACUUAUGCCUUCAUGAUUCAUCUGAUUUAUCCUUUUUCAUUUAUUUUUUCAUUUUAAUUUAUAUCUGCAUUUAAUUACCGCUUAGGAGAAGUGCCCCCUUUGCUUCGUCCUAGAACCCUUCAUUUUACUACGCUUUUUAUUUACUUGCAAUUCUGAUAUAAUUUACAACUGUAUUGCCUUUCUCUCUUCUUCUGAAUUGUAAAUGCGAAUGCAGAAUGUUCAAUUAAAUUUGCCUACUUUACAAUUAUGAUUAUGCAAAGCCUCCUUGACAUUCAUGUGAAACAAAUAGUGCUAGAAAACUUACUGGAAAGAUGAAAUAUUUUCAUCAUUCCUUUGAGCACUUUUACGCAAACGGUUGAGCUUCUUUAAUAGCUAUGGAGUAAACUAAGGUUAUUUUUCCCUAAAAGUAACAACUAGAUACUUCAAUGUUGUACGGAAACUACGCAAUAUUUUUGUCAACUCAACAGGAAUAGUGGCAUGAAAUCAACAAAAACAAAUUUCCCUGCAAAAUUUUGAAAGGGGGAGAGAGGGUAAACAUGAGCAUCGCUCUGUUUUCUAAAAUUCAUUUCUCUUAUUUUACACAUCGCUACAAUUUAAGAUGCUCUGGAGGUGAAAAUAAUUUUCAUUUUGAUCUCAUCGUAGGAGAUGAAUAGGCCACUAGACAAGCUAUGAGUUAAAGCUCCACACAACUUGUUAUCUCUUCCAAAUUUCACAAGAAAAACGAAUUUCAUGAUGGGCAGUUUGAAAGUAAACUCCUAAACAAGAUAUAGGUAUUUACAUUUAAUAUCUUUUAAAUCGCAAAAAUACUAAUGACGUCAUUUGUAUGAUUUAACUUUCACUUGAUCUGUUAAAAGGACUUGUUAAUAUCUCAUUCAGGAAUUGAUUUCCAAGCUUUUUGUUGUGUGAAUAGUUUUCUAUGUAAGGGUUCGAAGAGGAACUAUGGGAGGUUUUCUUCUAACUUAGACCUUGUCUAGUUGCUCAUCGCACAAAAAGCAUUGAAUUUCCAAGUUUAUGCUGUCAUUCCUCUACUUUUAUUUUAUGUAACAGUAAUCAAUUGAUUUUUUCUCUGUAGAUGUCAUAAGCCGAUUUCACAAGUUUCUUCAUGUGAUUUUUUUAACAUUGAUAUGAUCUGCAUUCAUUAGUUUAAAGGCGGUAGACUGGUUUUCAAUCUGUAAUUUAAACUCCUAAUAUAUUGGUGCUUUUUGUAUUAUAAGAUUACACCUCUCACCUCCACCUUCUUCAAAUAAGUCUCUUGCAUUUUUUCAAAGUAGAACAACUUUCCUGGCAAAGAGAAGUUCCACCAGUCGUUACAUAAUAGCUCUCACGUAUUGUCAUCUUUUACAACGAACACUAACUGCAGUGUUAUGGAGCUAGCUCACCUUUCAUCGAUUACAGCAUAAUAAGUGAAUAUUGUCUCAUUAUCUAUCCAGAUGUGAUCAAUUUUAUCAAGUUUUUAAUUUAAUCAGUUUUAGAAGGUCUCUCGAUUAUUCUUUUUCCUGUAUUUCCUUUAAAUAUCGUUUUGAGGCUCUAUGUGUAAAAAUAAGGAAGUGAAAUGCACCUUAAUUGCAGCAGCUGUUAUUUUUACAUAUGAGCCUUCAUUCAUACGCUAUGAAUCUUAUUCGAAUUUUUGUUGAAUCGAAGAUGCAUAAAUAUAUUUAUUAUUAAAAGCA